UGUUGUCUGUUCUUCAAUUUCAUAUAAAUGGAAUCAUAAUGUCAAAUGCAGUGUCACUUGCCUCUAGUCACAGCUACUUGGAAGGCUGAGAUGUGAAGACUACUUGAGCUCAGAAGUUCCACUGCACUCCAGCCUGGGUUACAGAGGGAAACCUUGUCUCUAAAAAAAAGAAAAAAGAAAGAAAGAAAAAGAAAACAUAGGACAUGUUAUUCAGAAAUUAAAUCAUUCAGAGUUCCAGCACUCUCGGGGGUCAUCGGGCUCUGUCCACCACCAUACGCCUAGCAUUGUCACCAACGGAGCCAUGGAGGGACCUCGGCCCAAGCUGGGGCCUCUUCAUCGUCGAAGAAGGCCUCUUGCCAGACCAGGCUCUGUGGGCGCGGCCAGGCUGGAGGACUAGGGCGGUGGCAGUGGCCAGGUGAGUGCACAUGGCCGUGGGUGGUCCCUCACUUGCUCCCUCCUCUCUUUCGCUCCCCCCUGGGCUGUAGGGAGGCAGGGCAUCCAGCCAGAAUGGCAUGAUCCUGAAGCCCAACUUCCACAAGGACUGGCAGUGGUGCGGCCAUGUGGCUCAGCCAGCCCAUGGGGCAGACCUGCAGAAGCAAGGUGGCCAGCAAAAGCAGGCUGCAUGGCCCACUCAUAUGGGCCCAUCCACCCAUAGUAAGGUGCCCCAUGCUGAGGCAUCACUACAAAGCACAAGCUGGCAGGGGCCUCAGCUUGGAGGAGUUAAGGGUGGCUGGCAUUCACAAGAAGGUGGCCCAGACCAUUGGCAUCUCUGAGGAUGCAAGGAGGAGGAACCAGUCCACCCAGGCCCUGCAGGCCGAGGUGCAGAGGCUGAAGGAGGACCGCUCCUCGCUCAUCCUCUUCCCCAGGAAGCCCUUGGCCCCCAAGAAGGGAGACAGUUCUGCUGAAGAACUCGAACUGGAUACUCCGCUGACAGGACCAGAAAUGCCCAUCGGCAAUGUCUACAAGAAGGAGAAAGCCAGAGUCAUCACUGACUAGGAGGAAAACUUCCAGGCCUUGCUAGUCUCUGUAUGGCCCAUGCAAAUGCCCAGCUCUUCGGCAUAUAGGCACAAAGAGCCAAGGAAGCUGUAGAAAAGGACGCUUAAAAAAAAAAAAAAAAACAGGGAUAGGCUCGAGCCUCUGCAUCAGCUUCGCGCUGGGUCUCUCGGUCCUGCAGCCAUGAGGAGGAUGCUGCCCAGACUCACUACCCGCCGGCUCCCUCCCCCCCGUCCCUGUGGUGGCGGGCGAGGAUGAUCUGUUGUGCAUCAGAUGCCUUUGAGACAUACAACUGGAGAUGUGAGAUAGGAAAUUGAAUGUAAAGACUGGAAGCUCGGCAGAGCAGAACUCUGAACAACGUGCCUCAGGAGCGCAAGUUGCUGAUGAAGUAUGUCGCAUUUUUUAUGACAUGAGAGUUCGUAAAUGCUCCACACCAGAAGAAAUCAAGAAAAGAACAAAGGCUGUCAUUUUUUUGUCUCAGUGCAGACAAAAAGUGCAUCAUGUAGAAGGCAAAGAGAUCUUGGUUGGAGAUGUUGGUGUAACUAUAAGUGAGCCUUUCAAGCAUUCUGUGGGAAUGCUUCCUGAAAAAGAUUGUUACUAUGCUUUGUAUGAUGCAAGCUUUGAAACAAAAGAAUCCAGAAGAAUUGAUGUUUUCUUGUGGGCAUCAGAACUAGCACCUUUGAAAAGUAAAAUGAUCUAUACAAGCUCCAAGGAUGCAAUAAAAAAGAAAUUUCAAGGCAUAAAACAUGAAUGGCAAACAAACGGACCAGAAGAUCUCAAUCGGGCUUGUACUGCUAGGUGGAUCCUUUUUUUUUUUUUGAGAUGGAGUCUUGUUCUGUCACCCAGGCUGGAGUGCAGUGAUGGGAUCUCGGCUCACUGCAACCUCUGCCUCCCGGGUUCAAGCGAUUUUCCUGCCCAGCCUCCUGAGUAGCUGGGAUUAUAGGCGUGUGCCACCACACCUGGCUAAUUUUUGUAUUCUUAGUAGAGUCAGGGUUUCACCAUAUUGGUCAGGCUGGUCUCGAACUCCUGACCUCGUGAUUCGCCCUCUUUGGCCUCCCAAAGUGCUGGGAUUACAGGCGUGAGCCACCACGCCUGGCCAGUGGAUCCUUAAUUGUAGCCUUUGAAGGAUGCCCUGUGUAGAUCAUCAUUCAGUGCCACAAAUUGAAAGCUUCCACGUUUAAUGUUAUCCUCUUGCUAUAUAAAUAAAGCAAAUAUAUUUAGGCCAGGGUCUCACUGA